AUGCGUGAGACGCCAAAUACCUCCAAAGACAUUUGCUGGCUUGACGUGGCUGAAGGAGACAACCUGGGCGUCCAGGCUUUCGAGAACACUUCCACCAGCGUUGCUGCUGCCCAGAUGCGCAAUGCCCUCACCCAGCUUUCCGAGACCGUCACCGACCCCGAGCAGAAGAAGCUGUUCGAGACGGAGAUGGACAACUUCUUCGCCCUCUUCCGUCGCUACCUGAACGACAAGGCCAAGGGCAACGCCGUGUAA